GAUUCAUCAUCGCUAGAUCGUAAGACUGGCAGGCUUUCUAUAAACAAUCGCCCUAACCCGGAUUGGCAUUCGACUUCCUGCAGUCAUCAUGUCGUCUUCAGCCGCAGCGCUCGACGCGCAGCUCUCCAUCGAGGCCAAGUACGACCUCAUUACGAGAGACCUUCAGGAAGUUCUUGGAGGGGACAAGAUCAAAGACAUCUUGCGGAAGGGAGAGCGGCCAUUAAGAUGCUACUGGGGUACCGCGCCGACUGGUAGACCACACAUCGGCUACUUUGUUCCGUUCACCAAGCUCGCCGACUUCCUUAAGGCUGGCACGGAGGUUAAGGUGUUGCUCGCAGAUAUUCAUGCAUUCUUGGACAAUAUGAAAGCGCCGAUCACACUCGUGCGCCAUCGCGUGGAGUACUACCGCCUCAUCAUUCGUACCGUCCUUAAAGCUAUAGGCGUGCCUGUCGAGCGCCUUAAUUUCGUCGUCGGCUCAAGCUAUCAGCUGACUGAGGCCUACAACAUGGACCAGUACCGGCUGUGUGCCAUGGUUACCGAGCACGAUGCCAAGCGCGCUGGCGCUGAGGUGGUGAAGCAAGUGUCAAGCCCUCUUCUUAGCAGCAUGCUCUAUCCAGGUCUUCAGGCCCUUGACGAGCAGUACCUCGAUGUAGACUUCCAGUUUGGCGGAGUCGAUCAGCGCAAGAUCUUCGUCUACGCCGAGGAUAUUCUUCCAAAAUUGGGCUAUGCGAAGCGAGCACAUCUGAUGAACUCAAUGGUACCGGGCCUCAAGGGCUCCAAGAUGUCGGCUUCGGAUGCGGGCUCUAAAGUGGAUUUCCUCGACACACCCAAGGAUAUUGCUAAGAAGCUCAAUGAGGCGCACUGCAUUGAAGGGCAGGUGGAGGAGAACGGAGUGCUCGCGUUCGUCAAAAAUGUUAUUUUUCCUAUUGAGCGAUUGAGGGAGGAGAACAUCGCGGGCGGUAAUGCGGACUUGCUCGACGCUAGCAAGGGCGCGUCUAAACGCCUCGCAGCAGAUGGCGCACCCCCAAAUACUUUAUUCAGCAUCAACCGGCCCGAUAAGUUUGGGGGGGGGCUGCACUACUCGACCUACGAGGCAGUCGAGAAGGACUUUGUGGAUAGGAGGCUGCACCCGGCAGACCUCAAGCAGGGCGUCGCAGACGCCAUCUCAACGCUAUUGGAGCCCGUCAGGAAAGAGUUUGAGAGCAAUGCGGAUUUCCAGAAGAUCGCCGAGCUUGCUUAUCCAUCAGAAAAGGCCGCAGCACCAAAGAAGGUCGUCAAGCCAAAGAAUCCACGCUUCGCGCACAUGUUCACCAAGGAGGAGGGCGGGACUGCCGAGACAGCUGAGGAUGCACAGGCUGCCAAAGCAGCGCAUGAAGCAGCAAUCGCAGCGGGACAAGAGCCACCCCCUCCACCAAAGCAAGCGAAGGCAGCAACAUCCUCCACUCCAAAGCAGCCAAAGGCAGCGCCGAAAAACGAGCCUUCGCGCCCGCUUCCUUCGCAGAUCGAUCUUCGCGUCGGCAAGAUCGUUGACAUCAAGCCGCAUCCGGACGCUGACUCACUGUACCUCGAAAGCGUCGACUUUGGCGAACCGGACGGCCCGCGCACUGUACUUUCCGGGUUGGUCAAGUAUGUGCCGAUUGAGAAGAUGUCAGGACGCUUGGUGGUUGGCGUGUGCAACUUGAAGCCCGCAGCGAUGAGGGGUAUCAAGAGCCAUGCGAUGUUGCUUUGCGCGACGCACAAGAGCGGGAAAGACGGCGGCGUUGAGCCGGUUGCGCCGCCAGAAGGGAGCCAGCCUGGCGAUAAGCUGUGGGUGGAGGGAUACGAGGGACGUGAACCUGACGCGCAACUAAACCCGAAAAAGAAGAUCUUCGAAACGAUCCAGCCUGCUUACCUCACCACCGAGAGCAGAGAGGCGGCCUGGAAGGGUGUCGGGCCAGAUGAAGACGAGACCGCCGAGCCCAAGGUUAGACUGAUAAAGGGAGAGAAGGGCGUAUGCUUUGCUCCGGCGGGAUUUGAGGGCGCUGGUCUAUCCUAGAAAUUUUCGCACAUUCAAACAGGGCUGCAUGGAAAUAUUACGACAUACUCAAGACAGGAAUGGAAGUUGCAGAUUUUGCAGCCCUCAUGGAAGUCCGAAGUGCAUCUGAUGGGCCUACUUUGACUGUAGAACAAUGCAUCGAUACCUGAGCGCGGGUGUCUGUAUGAUACAUGCAAC